AUUAAUUUAAAACACUACCAUACAUACAGCUGGGUGAAACCCUUCUGUUUCGUUGGUACUGGUUUAUUACGGUUUAUUAUAUUUAUUCAAAACGAUAUUGAGAUUUAGAUUCUUUCUCCAUAUAUAUUGUCACCCAAGACAAAAUGAGGAUUACUAAAAGUCCUUCAAAAAAUCCAAAUUCCCAGCCCCCGCCUUGGGUGCUUGAAUUUAUAAAAGAAGUUCAAGAUGAAAAGAGAUGUCCACUUGACAAAGUUGCUUCUUUAUGCUCAGAUUUUCGCAAAAGAGAAUGGACAUACCCUCGUGGCGAUUUAUACUCAUGGAUUCCAGUGUUAAAUCGAUUUGAUGCGAUUUUAGAAAAAACGGUUGAAGAUUACGACUUAAAAACCAAGGUUCAAACUCGACCUUUUGACCCUCAGUCAUACACCGUUUUACUAGAAGUCUUAAGAUUUUCAACCUAUUUACUCAAACAUUGUGCAAAUCGCUCCAUUUAUAACUCGACCGGUUAUUUGGAACAAUUAUUGAAUAGUUCCGAACUGGAGAUAUUAGACGCUACUUUGGGUUUGUUAUUACAUAUUGUUCAAAAGGCUACGAUUUCCAGAAGAGGGAAACAGCUUUUUUCUUUGUCGCAAGAUCGUUUGUUCCGCUUCCUUUCGUUUCUUCCUCAAGAAGCUACAAAAUCCGGACUAGCCCAAAAUUAUGAAUCAAUUCUAUUUCUUAAUGAUAUCCCAGCUCCAUGGUGCUCGUUAGAGUUUUCAUAUUAUAAGAGCUCUUCUUCUAAGGUUUCUGACUCUUCCAAAACCGGGUCUUCUACUUCCUCUCCGUCAGAAGGCUUGCGUGUUUUGAAAGUGUCUCCAGAAGAAUUGUCAGUAAAACCAGUACAUGAUUUGCUUGUCCAGCUGUCAACUGAAAAUCAAAUUCCUGAACAAAACACUCCUGAUUUCCUCAUAAGUAUUCUGCUUCAUAAAAAUUUACCUGACUUAAAUAAACGAAGGACCAUGGUCCGUAUUGGAUUGUUGGCUCUUUCCAACCUGGUAUACGCUCACUCACAAGCUGUUCAAUCGCGUUUCAUGUUGGCGGAUCCUGAAAUAACAACUCAUCUAGCAACCCUUGUUUCUGUGGAUACAAAGCUUCCACAGGAGUUUAAAGCUGUUGUUUUUGAAUGCUUUAAAGCAUUUUUUUUCCGCAAAAAUAUGGUACCUUCCGUGCUAGCAGCUCUCAAUGUAUCAGUAAGUUAUGGUUUAAUGAUGAAUUUGGUUCGCGAUUUUUCGAACAAUCUAUCUGAUGAAAAUUUUGAAUAUAAUCGCGAAUAUGUUGAUAGUUUCUAUGAUUUCCUUCAAUUUAUGGCUACUUCACCCUUGGGUGGAAACAUGGCUUGUUCAGCAGGUUUGACAUCCCUUUUAGGUCACCAUUUAUCACUUAAGAGUCCCCGUGCUUUGUAUGUGGUGUCCAGGUCGAUUUCCAUGCUUGAUCACCUCAUUGAUGGCUAUUCUAUGGCUUUCCCUGAUUUUUCAGAGUCCAAAGGUUUGGAUUUAUUGGUAACUCGCUUGCAGUUUGAAUUAGAAGCCUCGUUGCAUGAUGUAAAGAGCGGAAGAGGUAACGCAGAAAUCUGCUUAAAUAUGGAUUAUGCUAUUCCAUAUGAUCGUUACUUCUUGCUGAAAAAUUUGUUGAAGUUUAUUUUGCAUUUAAUCCAAACCGGUGGAUCUGUUGUAGAACUUCGUAACCUUAUUGAUUCUUCUCUUAUAUCUUCCCUUGCAUUCCUUUUGGACCAUCACGAAGUAUUUGGAUCCAAUUUAUUUGCUUCAGCAACAAAUAUAAUGUCUACUUUCAUUCAUAAUGAACCUACUUGUUAUGGUAUUAUUCACGAGAAAAAACUUUCGCAUUCAUUCCUGGAAGCAGUAAAUCGACGGAUAUUGAAUUCGUGUGAUGCAAUUACUUCAAUUCCUUUGGCUUUUGGUGCAAUCUGUUUGAAUUCACAGGGCUUCAAUUUAUUCUUAGAAAAGAAUCCUGUUCCUCAUUUCUUUAGCAUAUUUACAUCUUACAAUCAUUGCAAAGCUUUAUCAUCCAGCGACAAUGCAGCUAUAUUAGGAACUUACAUCGACGAACUGAUGCGCCAUCAGCCCUUUUUGAAAGACGGUAUUGUUAAAAUGAUUUUCGAAACCGUUGACAAGGUUUGCGAUCUUCUCCGUACCUUCAAUCCUUUGGACUAUGUUGAUGCGACCGACUUUCCUUAUUUGAUAUACUUCGAGACAUUCUCUAGUUUCUUAGAAAAUAUUAUUUCUAACGAAGGUCAUGCAAAAAAUCUGAUGUCCAAAGGAAUUAUAACUCAUAUCCUUAAGCUCAUGCAGGUACCUGUGUUAGCCUAUGGGUUUGUUGAUUCGUCUGCAUUCAACACUUUGUUUGUUCUUUUACAUCAUAUUAUUGAUUUUGAUGCAGCAGAGGUCUUCCGUCCUUUAUUGGAUUGUAUUAUGUUCAAUUGUGAGAAUAGUAAUGUUGAACAAUCACUAAAUCCAAUUAAUGCAAUUGUUAAAGGCCAACUAUGCGGACAAUUGGUUAAUUUACAGGAUUCUGAGAUCUUCUUCCAGUUUACCAUUAUUGGUAAUUUGAUUUCGAUGUUUUCUGAAUUAUUUUCUUCAUACGCUGCACUAAAAAAGGCGGGCAACCUUCCAUUAGUUCAGCUUUUUAUAAGCCCUUCUCGUUAUGCUGGUGUCUUUGAUAUUUUGUGUAACAUUAAGAAUCUUUCAACGAGUGUGGAUGUUUUCCUUUGUUCUCAAGUUUCCAGUGAUUACGCCCUUUGCUGUGGCUCGCUGGUAUCAAUCUCCGCUGACAAAAAGGAGAAAGAAAACCUUGAGACCAAAAAGCGAGAACUUAAGGAAGACCCUUCCUUUAACAAGUUUAAAAAUAUUCGCACAAACUUCACUCAGACGACGUACAGUAUAUCGAAGUUCUUCACGUCCUUGACUCGGGCAUUGGGUAAUUCAAGCAUUCAAGACAUCAAUGAAUUCAAGGGCAUAUACAAACUUGGUAGCAAUAUUGCUCUUGUCGUUGAUGAAUUGGUUGGUAUGGCUUGUAGUCAGAUUCUAAACCGCGAAGAAUUGCCUGAUGAGCUCGCCUUGCAUGUUUCUUUAAUGUCUAUACUUGAUGCGUCAGCAAUAAUUCGAGAAGAUGACUCUAAAGUUACACUCACUCUUCUUAUCAGUCGAAUUUUUGCUGGCUCUCAGACGCUUCAGCUAUUACUUAAACUGUCAGGGCGAGUAAUAAGCUAUUUCGCUCUUGUAGGUGAAGAUACGACGGCGCGGACAAGCCGUAUUUUGCUAGCAUUGUCGUCAACCCUACUGAAUUUAAUACAUAUGUUAACAAGUGCCGAUUUUAUUUCUGAAACAGAGAAGCCUCUGAACUUUUCUUUAAAACUUCAAUUGGACAAUAAUGAGCUCAGUGAUUGCGGAUCCAAGCUCAUGCAUCUACUUCAGGCUCAUUCGUUUUUGACAAUGGUGAAAAUAUGGGAAUCGUCUGCGGAUUACCGAUUGCCGUACAUUACUAAGGCACUAAUUACAAACAUAUUGUCUAAUUGUUUACAAUUUGAAGAAGGCAUAAGCUCUCUUUCUGAGGCUGCUCAAAAUAGUCUACGUGAGUCUCAAAGUCAAUCGACUGACGAAAAAAGUUCACUGGAAAGUCCCAAGCUGAGUGAUACUGUGAAUGACGAAACGCUUCUUAACUUGCUAAUUAAUGAAGUCCCUUCUAAUAUGGUUACAGAAUUCAAUAACUUUAAGUCUAGGCUUGUUAAGACUUGUGUCUCCUUGUCAUCUUACGAAGGCGACGUAAAUCAAAGUCUUUGUGAUUUGCUAUACUCUGGUGAUGAGGUUCAAAUGAAUUCUGAUCUUCAGCUUGAGACCACCGUGGCAAUGAUUAAAGAGAUAAAAUCUCUUUCAUCGCUGGAUGAAGGCGAUUCUCGGAUUUCUCAGUUCGGGCCUGCCAUCGGUUUACUUGGUCUUUUUAUUAGUCAUGAUUUCACUCAGAAUAAGGCAAAGAAUUAUAUUUUAGAAGAACUGGAUUUCUUGUUGAAUGCACUAGAGUCUAUGCGUCAAUGUUAUGUGCAAGAUGUUAAUGCUACCUGGGUUGUUUCCAUAUUAUUUUUAUUGGAAGUAUUGUUAACGAAUUCAAGAAAGCCCGAUGAGUUCGAGUUUAACUCAAAAGACUGCUCAUUAAAGCUUAUUGAUGGCUCCAUUUCAAUAAACCAUGCCGCCCAACAGAAGAUAUUGGUAUCAUUAAUUUACUUAAUGAAGCAAUAUACCUCAAAUCUGGGUGUGGUAACGUCGGCCAUGAGACUGAUUUUACUAUUAACUGCUAAUUAUGACAUGGUACAUAUGUUUAUCGAUUCCAAUGGUUUAGAUGUUCUAUUUGCUGCUAUGAAAGCAUGUGCAGCUACCUGCAAUGAAGCACUACACGUUCCUUUCAUCGUCAUAUUAAGAAGAUUGUUAGAGUCCGAAAGGGUCAUUGAACUUAUCAUGUUUGAUGACUUACGAAAUAUAUUUAAAUUACAAGGUAGGGCUCGUAAAACUGAGCUUCUUAAUUUUAUAAGGACAAACUCCGAAAUGGUUUUGCGCUCACCUGAUGCUUUCCAGAAAAUAAUUAAAGAAACCUGUCAGUUAGCUCAUUUUGCACCUAAUGCUGAUCAUCAUUAUCUCGAACUGAAGGAAACCCUCCCGGAAGCAUACAGUAAAGACCAGAUUAAUUCUGAUGCUUCUUUGAUGUCACAGACUAGCUCCAAAGUGAUAACUUCUCUAUUGGAUGAAAUAAUGGAGACGGUGGAUUCCCAGCGAAAAAUGCAAAAACCUGUCGAUUCUGAAUUUAAACCUGAAUCUGACCCUAUGUACAUGUAUAAUGUAUUUCUUCUGCAAUGUCUUACCGAGUUAUUGUCGGGUUAUGACUCGUGUAAAAAGUGCUUUAUGGAAUAUCAACCCAAGCGCAAAUCGUCUUUCUUCACACUUUCUCGAAAGUAUAACUCUUACCUUGUUGGCUUUUUCCUUGAGAAGUUGUUGCCCUUUGGGAGCAUACGUCUGUCAGAGGAUAAUGAAAUACGUAAGGCUUUCUCUGUAUCUAACUGGGCCAUUUCUAUAUUGGUUUUCUUGUGUGCUUACUCGAAUGAUCAACAGACCGAUGUCGUUGAUGAGCUUCGUCGUGAAGUUUUAUCUUGUGUCCUAAAGUUUUACCGAUCUAGUUCUGUUAAUUCUGAAAACUUGGAAUCUUAUUACUGCAAAUUACUAGUCGUGGCUGAAUUAUGUUAUAGACUGGGCGAUGCGCAAACCGUUUCGCAGAAGGCGCCAAAUCAGUUAUUACGAAAAUCUCAGGAUGUUAACAUCAAAGCAAUGAUUGACCUUGGUUUCAUCCCAGCUUUAACUAGCGCUACUUCUGAAAUUGAUAUGAACUAUCCUGUUUCCAGAAAGGUAAUUCGUCACAUUUUGAGGCCUCUUCAAUUAUUGACGAAGGAAGCUAUAUUUUUAAGCCAGACAAACCCAGAAAGUCUAUCGGGGAAUAUACAAGAGGCUGAAACUGAUGACUCCGUUAGUGAUGAUUCUGAAGAAUCUGAGGGUGAUGAGCCUCCAGAUCUUUAUCGUAACUCUGUGCUUGGUAUCUUUCAAGGUGAUAUCGCUAAUGAAAAUGAAGACAACUACGAAGGUAGUGAGGAUGACGAUGUAUAUGAGGAAAUGGAUUUUGAAGAUGAUCAAUCAGGAAGUCCCGGUAGCGUUGUUAGUGAUGAUGAAAAUGACGAUACUAUGUACAGUGAUAACAAUGACAUGAAUAUCGAGUUUAUGGUUGAUGAAGACCAGGAUGGCUCCGAUCAGGGGGAUUCUAGUUCAUAUGAUGAUGAUGAAUCUAGUCAUGGAGAUAUCAUUUCCAUUGAUGAAGAAGACAUUGAUAACACAGGUGAGCCCUAUGAAUGGGAAGACGAAGGAAACGAAACCUCAGAUUAUGAACGUGAUGAAGAAUUACAUGAUCAAGAUGAAGAAAAUGGUUCCACUACGUUUGAAGCAAUGGAAAAUGCGUUUACAGAAGCCUCUGAUGAGGAUAAUGAAGACGAGGCUAUAGAUAAUGUUAGUCCAGUGGAAAUAGACUUUCUUGAUAACGAAGAGGGUAGUUCUUCUGAGCAAGAUGAAGAUUUUCAGUGGGAAUGGAAUGCUGAUGUUCCUUCUGGAGCAGACAUUAUCAGUCGUCAUGGUGCUCUUUUGAGAGAUUUGUUCCCUUUGCCGGGUCUUUCUCGUCGAGUUAUGAUAAUUAAUUCAGGGGAUAAUGCUCGUUCAAGGUCAUUUUUAAAUAGUAAGUCGUCAGAAGAUAUACUCAAGCAUCCAUUGCUUCUACGAAACAAUUUAUCAAGUGAAGGGAAAGCGGUUGAGGUAAACGAAAGCUUGUCUGAUUUAGACAGCCAUGUGUCUUCUGGAGCGGCAUCCCAGAGAUUAUUGUUCUAUCUUUCCAUGGAUACGUCCACAACCGAUAUGUCUAGGAUCGGUUGGACUGCUUUGAAGAAUCAGAUCCACAAUGAUCCUUUACGUGCUACUUCAGAUUUUACACCCCUUUUUACUACUCAAAGAUGGAAUGGAAUUGUUUCUAUGUUCUUUGGUCAUGCUGCUGGUUCCACUGCUUUACGAGUUACAGGAUCCGUUUUAUUCGGUCUUGUCCCGCCUGCUUUGGAAAAAUAUAACCAUGAAAAAGAAGAAUCUGAAAGACAAAGCCAACCAAAAAAUGAAAAGCCAGCAGAUGUUGGUGCUCCUGAAACGGAGGAUCCUGAUGUGCAGAAUUCAGAAAUGAAUGAAAUGGAAGGUGUUAGAACCGAAGAACCUGAACCUGUCCAGGAAGCAAAUACUGCUGAUGAAGGGCAGACUAUCAGCAUUCGAGGAAGGGAUGUAAAUGUAUCUUCAUUGGGAAUUGAUCCUACGUUUUUACUCGCUCUACCAGAGGACAUGCGUGAGGAAGUCGUUUUCCAGCAUAUUCAAGAACGACAUAUAGAGUCGAUAAGUGAUUCUUCUCGUCGUUUGGAUCCCUCGUUUUUGGAAGUGUUACCGACUGAUAUUCGUGAUGAACUUCUCUUUCAGGAAGCUGUUCAAAUGCGCUUGUUUGAUAAUGCUCGAAAUAAUGAGAGUGGGGAUAAUGAAUUGGAAAUGGAGCGAUUGGAUGAAGUCGACGAAGCAGAAGACGAGCAGAGAGAACGAUCUGUCAAACCGGUUAAGAAGGUACCUGUACCACCUUUGGUUGACCGUUCAGGUAUCCUGUCAAUGAUAAGACUCUUGUAUAUUCCACAACAUAAUGGCAAAAAUCCAUUCUAUGAUUUGGUAGUGAAUAUUUCUGAAAACAAACAACAACGAGCUGAUAUUUUGGGAUUGUUGUUAUAUGUUCUUCACGAAGCUUCUACUAGUACUCGUUCCACCGAAAAAUGUUACAAGGACUUGACCAUUCGAUCUUUGAACGUGCCUCAACAAAAAGAAUUCAAGAAGUAUCAUGGGCUACUCGAUUCCUUAUGUAAGGUUCCUGUUAUUAAUGGGAUUACGUCUCGUUCUUUGAUCUUGCAACAAACUAUCGAUUUACUUUCGCAUCUAUCAAGUUGGGCGGAUCAUUUCCCUUCGUUUUUCCUAAGUAUGCAAGACUUCAUUGGAUUACCUUACAAAAAGUCGGGCUCUAAGAAAAACAAGGAGACAAAUGUCUACAAAGUAGCUCCCAUUAAUGUUCUUCUAAGUUUGUUGGGUCGUGAAGAAAUUUUUGGUAACACUCUUGUCAUGAAUACAUUUUCCGAGUUACUCUCGACUCUCACCAGGCCUCUGUUGUCAUUCUAUAAGCAUCAAAAACCUGCAGAAGAACUGAAUCAAGUAAGUGAAGACAGGGAUGAUACAGGGAACAGUGAUGUGAAUACCCCGCGUACUGAUGAAUCAUCAGCUCAGGUAGAAAAGAAGGGUAAAAAACCGACGAAUCCUCCUCAAAUUACCGACGAUAAUUUAAGACUGGCUGCUUCAUUGAUAACCACUGAUUCCUGUUCAAGUCGUACCUUCCAGAAUGCUUUAUCAGUAAUGUUUCAUUUAUGCUCCGCACCGCAUGCGAAGAAUAUCAUCGGUAAAGAGCUCUUGAGACAUGCUCAAAAGUAUGGAAAUGCAAUAACCGGUGAUUUAUCAAGACUUUCUGAAGAGGUCAAGUCUGGUAGAAAUGAAACUGAGCUCCAGAACGCUUUGGCUCCAUUCUGUCCGGCAAGUUCUAACCAGGCUAAGCUGUUACGUUGUUUGAAAGCUCUGGACUACAUUUUUGAGCGUCGGCCAAAGAGAGAAGAACAAAGUCCUCAAAACAUUGUGCAAUUGCUUGAAUUUUACGAUAAUUUGCAAUUUGUAACAUUGUGGGAUGUGCUAAGUAACUGCUUGGUUUCCAUGAGAGAGCAAACCAGUAUCACUCAUGUCUCCACGGUUUUGCUUCCUCUUAUCGAAUCUUUAAUGGUCAUUUGUCGUCCCGUUUAUCUUGACCUGCCUGAGGAAGUUUCCAAACGUAUUUCACCGAUGUUGGAACGCUUGAAGGGCUUGUUUAUUUCAUUUACUGAGGAGCAUCGUAAAAUUAUUAAUAUGAUGGUUUUCACAACUCCUUCACUGAUGAGUGGAUCAUUUUCUCUGUUAGUGAAGAAUCCCAAGGUACUUGAAUUUGAAAAUAAGAGAAAUUACUUCAGCCGUCAAUUACACGCUGAAGCUGCAAAGGAACAGUAUCCUCCGUUAAAUAUCAAUGUUAGACGUGAUCAGGUAUUUUUGGAUUCCUACCGCGCAUUACAUUUCAAAGACGCUGAUGAGGUUAAGUUUAGUAAGCUUAACAUUCAUUUCAGGGAUGAGGAAGGUGUAGAUGCAGGAGGUGUGACUCGUGAAUGGUUACAGGUAUUAGCUAGACAGAUGUUCAAUCCUGACUACGCUUUGUUCUUGCCAGUUGCGGGUGACGCCACUACUUUCCAUCCGAACAGGGAUUCUUCCGUAAAUCCCGAUCAUUUAUCAUUCUUCAAAUUUACUGGAAGAAUUAUUGGAAAAUCAGUUUACGAUGGUAGACUGCUUGACUGUCAUUUCAGUCGUGCAGUUUACAAGCACAUGCUUCAUCGAUCAGUGUCGGUGAAGGAUAUUGAGUCUCUUGAUCCUGACUACUGCAAGUCUUUGGUGUGGAUGUUGAACAAUGAUAUUACUGAUAUCAUUACGGAAGAAUUUGCUGUUGAGAAAGACGUUUUUGGUGAAAAGACGAUCGUAGAUCUUAUUCCCAAUGGUCGUAAUAUUCCUGUUACAGAGCUAAACAAACAUGACUACGUAAAUAGGAUGGUUGACUAUAAAUUGGUUGAGAGUGUGAAAGACCAGUUGCAAAGUCUUUUGGAAGGGUUUUCGGAUAUUAUUCCUCCAAACUUAAUCCAAAUUUUUAACGAGCAAGAACUAGAGUUGUUAAUUUCAGGUCUCCCUGAAAUUGACAACGAUGACUGGCGUAAUAAUACAGAGUAUCAUGGUUAUAACGUUUCAUCUCCUCAAAUUCAAUGGUUCUGGCGAGCGGUUCGAUCUUUCGAUGAGGAGGAGCGAGCUAAACUCCUUCAAUUUGCAACCGGUACAUCUAAGGUUCCAUUAAAUGGAUUCAAGGAACUUGAAGGCAUGUCUGGUUUCCAGAGAUUUAAUAUCCAUAAGAGUUAUGGAUCGCUGAAUCGCUUACCGCAAUCACAUACGUGCUUUAAUCAGCUAGAUUUACCCGAAUAUGAAACGUAUGAGCAGCUAAGGACUAUGUUGCUCACAGCCAUCAAUGAAGGCUCUGAAGGUUUUGGAUUUGCUUAGAAUGUUGUUUUAUGUAGGUUUUAUUAUUAUUAUGUUUUAGAUUCUUUAUCUGCUCUAUGAAAAGAAAUAUGAAGAAAAGAUAACCUUUGGAAGCUAUUCUUAGAUGAUGGGUGGAUAUAUUUCACGUACUUUAGAAAUUUCAUGAGUCAUGAAAAUAAAUAUAAAUCGUGUUGUUAUUUACAUUACAUAUAAAAAGGUGAAAUGAACGAGGG